GCUGUAGAGGUAAGAGUGUGUGUUUGUAGUGGGUAGGGUGUGGUGUGUGUGUGUGUGUGUGUGUGUCUGUGUGUAUAGCUUUAGCGGUGAUGACAUUCCACAUUUAGAAACGUUCUCAAACUACUAUGAGACGCAAGAAUACUUUUAUUUUGUUUCUGGUGUCUCCUUUCUAGUGUGUACCCUUUGUGUUCUCUGCUGUCCUGUCUCUGUCCUGUAAUGGUCAAGACACAGCCCGGGCACUGGGCUGGGCUGGGACGGGGGGCGGAGGAGUUGUUUCUAGUGUCUUGUGAUUCUGUGUUCUACUGUGGAGUUGUUUUCUAGUGUCUUGUGAUUCUGUGUUCUACUGUGGAGUUGUUUCUAGUGUCUUGUGAUUCUGUGUUCUACUGUGGAGUUGUUUCUAGUGUCUUGUGAUUCUGUGUUCUACUGUGGAGUUGUUUCUAGUGUCUUGUGAUUCUGUGUUCUACUGUGGAGUUGUUUCUAGUGUCUUGUGAUUCUGUGUUCUACUGUGGAGUUGUUUCUAGUGUCGUGUGAUUCUCUACAAUGUGUCUUCAUGGGUUUGGGGAUAAAACGUUGAAUGAUGGAAAUUCUAUUUUCUACACAGCACCCUCUCUCUUUCUCUCUCUCACACACACACACACACACUUCCCUGCUGGGAGAAAGAAGAUAGGUAGAUAUAUCUAUCAAUAAGUGUAUGUAUGUAAAUGAAUAAAUGUCUAAGUGGGUGUGUUUUUCAAGCGUGAAUAUUUGUGAGUACAUCGUUAAGUGCGUAUGUGUAUUUUUAAGUGUGAGUAUUGUAUAUGUUUAGGUACAUUUUCAGUCAUAUGUAUGUUUAGUGCGUGUAUCUCAGAGGUGUGUAUGUAUGGUGUGUACAGUAUAUCUCAGGCAUGUGUGUGUGUGUGUGUGUGUGUGUGUGUGUGUGUGUGUGUGUGUGUCAGUAACCGUAAUAGUCCUACUGUGUCUCUGUUUCCCCAACCCAGACUAAGUCCUGGACCUAAAAGCUCAGUGGAGAAUCUCUAUCGAUCAGGAGUAGGCUUAAUCUGUGUCCAGGAAACCAACCCUGUUCUAUUAACAUUUCAACUCAAUCAAAACAGCUGUUAUUUAGUCUUUAUUAUUAUGAGAUGAUAAUAAGACAUAAGGCAGACAGUCAUGCUUAUGCCAAGUCUUACAAUGUGUUAUAACGGCAUCAUAAUGCAGUAUAGCUGCAGUGUUACAGUUUGUGUUCAGAAGAAACUGCUCUAGCAGCUCUAUGUGCCAGUUUCCCGGACACAGAUUAGGCCUAGUCAUAUUGAGCAUGCUUUUUAGUCCAUGGGCUAGGCUUAACGGGCCCUUAACUGGUUAACCGGCCCUUAAUGUUUCAACUGCUCUUUACAGUGGCCUGUUUGUAAUGACUGUACAUUUAUUUUGUGACCCUUCAUUCUAAUAAAUGUGAACAGUGAUGAUGGGGCAGGGACUGUGUCUUUAUAAUGAUCAUAUUAAUGUUUUUAUAUUAAUAUAAUAUUUAUCUCCCUCUCUCUCUCUCUCUCUCUCUCUCUGUGUGUGUGUGUGUGUGUGUGUGUGUCCAGAUCAUCAAGGUAUAUUGUGAAGAUGGCGCAGGGAAGGUGGUGGAGGUGCCACCCGAUAUGAGGGCCAGAGACGUGUGUCAGUUCCUGGUCUAUAAGAGCCACUGUCUGGACGACAACAGCUGGAGCCUGGUGGAACAUCACCCACUACUGGGCCUCGGUGUGUGUGUGUGUGCUGUCUGUCUGGUGUGUGUGUGUGUGUGUGUCUGUGCGUCGUGUGUGUUAAGGUUGGGGAAGCAUAUAGAUCCUUGCUACCUAAAAGCUUCAAUCACAUAAAAUCCACACUUCUGUUCUACCUUUUAUGACCUUUAGUUUUAUUUAUUCCCUCUUAUUCUCUAUACAGUAUAGUUUCAACCAAGGGUUUCUAUUUCUACUGACUGUUACUGGGAUAGAAGACUGGUUUAUACUUGGUAGAGUAUCAUCAUUUUUGGAAAAACUGUAUUGGAGAGAUGGAAUGUUAGAGGAGAGCAGAUAAAGGGAGGGUGGAGAAAGUAGAGAGAGGGAGAGGGGGAAGGGUGCUGAAGUGGGGUGUCAGUAUCAGGCAAUGCAGCAAACAGCCAAUCACAGAGCUCUGUUGGUCGAGCCCCCAGAUAGCUCAGCUCUCUCCCUCUACUUAAACAGGACAUUUCCCUGCCAGACGCCAGGAUAGAGAGGCAAUGCAAAUAGUCUGGGUAGCCAUGAUUAGCUGUUCAGGAGUCUUAUGGCUUGGGGGUAGAAGCUGUUAAGAAGCCUUUUCGACCUAGACUUGGCGCUCCGGUACUGCUUGCCAUGUGGUAGCAGAGAGAACAGUCUAUGACUAGGGUGGCUGGAGUCUUUGACAAUAUUUAGGGCCUUCCUCUGACACCACCUGGUAUAGAGGUCCUGGAUGGCAGGAAGCUUGGCCCCAGUGAUGUACUGGGCCGUACGCACUACCCUCUGUAGUGCCUUGCGGUCGGAGGCCGAGCAGUUGCCAUACCAGGCGGUGAUGCAACCAGUCAGGAUGCUCUCGAUGGUGCAGCUGUAUAACUUUUUGAGGAUCUGAGGACCCAUGCUAAAUCUUUUCAGUCUCAUGAGGGGGAAUAGGCUUUGUCAUGCCCUCUUCACGACUGUGUUGGUGUGUUUGGACCAUGAUAGUUUGUUGGUGAUGUGGACACCAAGGAAUUUGAAGCUCUCAACCUGUUCCAAUACAGCCCUGUCGAUGAGAAUGGGGGCAUGCUCAGUCCUCUUUUUUUCCCUGUAGUCCACAAUCAUCUCCUUUGUCUUGAUCACGUUGAGAGGUUGUUAUCCUGGUACCACACGGCCAGGUCUCUGACCUCCUCCCUAUAGGCUGUCUCAUCGUUGUCUGUGAUGAGGCCUACCACUGUCGUUUGCUAACUUAAUGAUGGUGUUGGAGUCGUGCCUGGCCAUGCAGUCAUGGGUGAACAGGGAGUACAGGAGGGGACUGAGCACGCACCCCUGAGGGGCCCCCGUGUUGAGGAUCAGCGUGGCAGAUGUGUUGUUACCUACCCUUACCACCUGGGGGCGGCCCGUCAGGAAGUCCAGGAUCCAGUUGCAGAGGGAGGUGUUUAGUCCCAGGGUCCUUAGCUUAGUGAUGAGCUUUGAGGGCACUAUGGUGUUGAACGCUGAGCUGUAGUUUCUCUGUGUGUGUGUGUGUGUGUGUGUGUGUGUGUGUGUGUGUGUGUGUGUGUGUGUGUGUGUGUGUGUGUGUGUGUGUGUGUGUGUGUGUGUGUGUGUGUGUGUGUGUGUGUGUGUGUGUGUGUGUGUGUGUAACUAUGCGUCUCCAAUCAGCUGGAGUCCCAUCAUGUGAUCUCUACCUCAAGAUCAAGAGAGAGGGAAAGGAGAACACAUAAAAAUAUAUAUAAAAAUAGAGAAGAAUCCCAUAGGACUCCAAUAGGACUGGUUCCUAAAUCUGAUCAGAUUAUUCUACUAGGGAUCUACCAGAAAUCAUGAAAACGUAGUUGACUUGCCUAUAAUAAGGCACAUAUAUUUAGCAAUAACAAAGAAAAAACAUUUCUCAUCUGUUAUAACAAUACAGUGACUCAAAAACGACAUACAAAUGGCUACAACUUAGCUAGUUAGCUACACUACAUGACCAAAUGUAUGUGGACACCUGCUAGUUGAACAUCUCAUUCCAAAAUCAUGGGCAUUAAUAUGGAGUUGACCCCCCUUUGCUGUUAUAACAGCCUCCACUCUUCUGGGAAGGCUUUCCACUAAAUGUUGGACCAUUGCUGCGGAUACUUGUUUCCUUUCAGCCACAAGAGCAUUAGUGAGGCUGGGCACUGAUGUUGGGCGAUUAGGCCUGGCUCGCAGUCAAAGUUCCAAUUCAUCCCAAAGGUGUUCGAUGGGGUUAAGGUCAGGGCUCUGUGCAGGCCAGUCAAGGUCUUCCACACCGACCUUGACAAACCAUUUUUUGUAUGGACCUCGCUUUGUACACGGGGGCAUUGUCAUGCUGAAAUAGGAAAAGGCCUUCCCCAAACUGUUGCCACAAAGUUGGAAGCACAGAAUCGUCUACAAUAUCAUUGUAUACUGUAGCAUUACGAUUUCCCUUCACUGGAACUAAGGGGCCUAGCCCAAACAAUGAAAAACAGCCCCAGACCAAACUUUACAGUUGGCACUAUGCAUUGGGGCAGGUAGCAUUCCCCUGGCAUCUGCCAAACCCAGAUUUGUCCGUCGGACUGCCAGAUAGUGAUGCGUGAUUCAUCACUCCAGAGAACGCGUUUCUACUGCUCCAGAGUCCAAUGGCGGCAAGCUUUACACCACUCCAGCCGACUCUUGGCAUUGCGCAUGGUGACCUUAGGCUUGUGGCGGCUGCUCGGCCAUGGAAACGAAUAGUUAUUGUGCUGACGUUGCUUCCAGACGCAGUUUGGAACUGGGUAGUGAGUGUUGCAACCGAGGACAGAUGAUUUUUACGCGCUACGCGCUUCAGCACUCGCCGGUCCCGUUCUGUGAGCUUGUGUGGCCUACCACUUCGCGGCUGAGCUGUUGUUGCUCCUAGACGUUUCCACUUCACAACAGCACUUACAGUUGACCGGAGCAGCUCUAGCAGGGCAGAAAUAUUACGAACUGACUUGUUGGAAAGGUGGCCUCCUAUGACGGUGCCACGUUGAAAUUCACUGAGCUCUUCAGUAAGGCCAUUCUACUGCCAAUGUUUGUCUAUGGAGAUUGCAUGGCUGUGUGCUCGAGUUCAUACACCUGUUUAUACACCUGUCAGCAAUGGGUGUGUCUGAAAUAGCCGAAUCCACUCAUUUGAAGGGGUGUCCACUUACUUUUGUAUUUAUAGUGUAGCUAGUCAACUGACAGGCAAAAUGUGGCUAACAGUAGUUUCUUAGCUAGCAUAAAAACAAGUGCAUAAAAUCCUGUACAAUGAUGAAAAUAUGACUAAAACAUUCGUCAGGAAACAUAAGGAAUAAGACUGUACUCACAGUUCUUGCAUUCACGUACAGUGAAGGAUAAAACGGCUAACAAUAAUGUUAGAAAACCUGAGAUUCUCUGCACAGCCACAGGUGGCGAGCUGAACUUGGGAGUUAGGCUAAUUAACACUGUGUGCUCGUGCUAGCUGUGACAUCAUCAGUCGCUCUUAAAGGGACAUGCUUUCUUACAGGUGAAUAAAACAGAAAUGAAUAUAGAACUGUUGUCUCCGAUCAAUGAAAAUGUUUUAAUUUAUUUUGUUGUAUUGUACUGGAACUAAUGACAACUAACUAUAAUUUAAUGGGUUCAAUUAAGAAAAAGUUAUAAUAGGAUUCUGAUAGGAUAAAUGUACUUCUGUCUGCAUAUUUCAAAACAUGGCAUAUGAGGGUGCAGUGGGUUGGACAAUACUUUUCUCAUCAACAGCAGGAAAAACAUACUUAAAAACUGGAAAUCAAUACAGUGGACAUGUCAAAAGCUUUAUUAUCUAAAUGUUGAAAGUGUGUGGGCGACAGAGAGAAACAAAAUGGUGCAGUUUGAGGCCAUGUGGCGGAGAGGGGGGGGGGGGGGGGGGGGGGUGAGCAGGUGGGUCUGGGCAGGGGGGAUGUUGUGGAUGUUGGUGAGCGUUUGUAUGUGCAUGUUUUGUAUUGUUGAAAAAAAUCUAAUUAAAAUAAAAAGUCCAAAAAAAACACUAGAGGAUCCAAUCGGAUUACUUUUGAUUUCACAUAGGAAUAGAAGUAGUCCAAUAACAUUCUGACAGAGUUGAUACAAAAUCCUAAAGGAUUACGAGAAUCAUAUAGGGUCAAAUAGGAUUACUUUUGAUUCCCAAUAGGAAAAAACGCACUCCAGGAGAAUUCCAAUAGUAUUCUGAUACAGGUGAUUCAAAAUCCUAUAGGAUCCAAUUUGAUUACUUUUUAUUUCCAUAACAGUAGUCCAGUAGGAUUCAAACAUGAUUCUGAUAGAGGUGACACAAAAUCCAAUAGGAUUGUGAGAAUUAUAUAGGAUUCUAUUGAAACUAAUCACUAGUCCUAUAGGAUGUUUUGACUAGGGUAGUGUAGUUUUAUUUAUUCCCUCUUAUUCUCUAUACAGUAUAGUUUCAACCAAGGGUUUCUAUUUCUACUGACUGUUACUGGGAUAGAAGACUGGUUUAUACUUGGUAUAUCAUUGUCAUUUCUGGAAAAACUGUAUGGGAGAGAUGGAAUGUUAGAGGAGAGCAGAGAAAGGGAGGGUGGAGAAAGUAGAGAGGGGGAAGGGUGCUGAGGUGGGGUGUCAGUAUCAGGCCAAUGCAGCAAACAGCCAAUCGCAGAGCUCUGUUGGUCGAGCCCCCUGACAGCUCAGCCAAUCAGCUCUCACCCUUUACUUCAACAGGAAAUUCCCCUGCCAGGACUGUUUUUUGACACAGAGGAGGAGUUAUGGAGGGAAGCAGUGAGAGGUAGAGAUUUGGAGAAAAAGGAGGGAGGGAGGGAGAGUAAAAGGAGAGGGAGAGAACAGGGAAACUGAGCUCAGCUUCUCUAUGCAAUGAAGUUAAAUACAUGACAUAAUUCUACUGUAAUGCCAAGUCCUGCUGUCCUUUCUCUCUCUCUCUCUCUCUCUCUCUCUCUCUCUCUCUCUGUGUCUCUCUUUUAUUCACACACACACACAAAGUAUGAUAACGAACUGUAGUGAUGCAAAUAAAUAGGCUAAUGCCUGAUCUCUCUAUCUCUCCCUCUCACUCUCUCUCUAUCUCUCACUCUAUUCUCCCUCUUCCUCCCCCUCUCCCCCUCCUCUCUGCAGAGCGCUGUCUGGAAGACCAUGAGUUGGUAGUUCAGGUUCAAGCCUCUAUGACCAGCGACAGUAAAUUCCUCUUCAGGAAGAACUAUGCCAAGUAUGAGUUCUUCAGGAACCCCCUGGUGAGUCCUCUGUACACACACACCGUCGCACACACACACAUUGCACAUACACACACACUGUUGCGCAUGUAUGCACACAAACACACACACACACACACUGCCCGAGGUGAUUCAGUAAGAGGGAGUGACCUCACCUCAGUGCUGUGGUAAUGACUAAAGUAAAACUACCAUGUCAAUCACACUAAGAGGUGUGUGUGUGUGUGUGUGUGCGCGUGCGCUCGCCAAGAGAUUACGUCAGGGGGUGAGAUCAUACUGCAUCUACUCUGGAUCAGUCUCUCGCUCUUCUCUCUCUCUCUCUCUCCAUCUCUCUCUCUCCCCUAUCCUCUCUCUCUCUCUCCAUCUCUCUAUCUCUCUCCCCUAUCCUCUCUCUCUCUCCAUCUCGCUCUCUCUCUCCAUCUCUCUCUCUCCAUCUCUCUCUCUCUCCCCUAUCCGCUCUCUCCUUCUACCCUCUCUCUCUUGACCACUAUUAGUGGUUCAAUCAGUGAUACUGAAGUCCCUGAAGUAUUUUUCCCUCUUCUCUCAUUCUGUUUUUCUCUCUCCUUUUAUUUUUCUCUCUUCUUUUUCUCUCUCUUUUCGGUCGCUCUCUCUCUCUCUUCAGAACUUCUUUCCGGAGCAGAUGGUAGCGUGGUGUCAGGAAUCUAACGGCUCCAUCCCCAACUCACAGCUCUUACAGGUGGAGUACGCUUACACCACACACACACACACACACAGACACACACAGACACACACACAUGCACUCGCGCACGCACGCACACACACACACACCUCCACCCCCACCUCCAUAUACACACAUACAGAAGAACACAUUCCAGAGAGUCCUUACUCACUCAUGUGUGUGUGUGUUUGUGUGUGUGUGUUGGUACAGAACUUCCUAAACUCCAGCAGCUGUCCGGAGGUGCAGGGGUUCCUCUAUCUGAAGGCAUCAGGGAGGAAGUCCUGGAAGAGACUCUCCAUGUUCCUCAGACGCUCUGGACUCUACUACUCCACUAAAGGAUCCUCCAAGGUAGGAAGAAGAUCAGGGAUACAUCCAAAAUGGCUCCCCUUUUCCCUAGGUAGUGCCCUUGUUUUUUGGCUACAGAGCCUUAUUACAGCACUACACUAAAGGAACUACGCCAAGGAAGGACUGUUCAAACCUUCUCUUUCUCCCUCCCUCUCUCUCUCUCUCCCCCUCCCACUCUCUCUCCCCUCCCUCCCUCCCUCCCUCCCUCCCUCCCUCCCUCCUCCCCUCUCUAGGAGCCCAGACACCUCCAAUUGUUGUCAGACCUGGAGGACAGUAGUGUGUUCACAGUGACCACGGGGAGGAAGCUGCACAAUGCCCCCACAGACUACCAGUUCUGUAUCAAGGUGAGAGGAACACACACACACAUAACACUGCCCACAGACAGACAGACGGACGGACGGACGGACGGACGGACGGACGGACGGACUAGACUGUACUGUACUGUACUGUACUGUACUGUACUGUACUUCCUCUGCAGGGGUUUUCACUGGAGGUAACCUGGUUAUACUGGAUCAGCCUACUGUGAUAAACUGGGACAGGGUCUACUAGGACACACUGAGCCUGACACAAACACACACACACACACACACACACACUGUACGCUACUCCCAUCCCCAGGGAUGAAUGUGCAGGAUUUGGGUGUUGGGAGUCGUGGUCGUUGUGGCCUAGUGACUGAUAUAAGAGACUCUGGUAAAAUCCUCCUUUGGAUAUCUAAUUUGAUGUGAGUAUUCAAGAGAAUCAAGCUAUAUCUUACAUUUACAUUUUAGUCAUUUAGCAGACGCUCUUAUCCGGAGCGACUUACAGUUAGUGAGUGCAUACAUUUUUAUUUAUUUUUCAUACUGGCCCCCCGUGUGAAUCGAACCCACAACCCUGGCGUUGCAAACGCCAUGCUCUACCAACUGAGUUACAUCUUGUAACAGAUUUACUAAAUACUAAUUGAAGUCUUGUCUAAUUGAACAUCUGAUUGUCUGAUUAUUUGAUUGACAGCCCAGUAAGGCUCUGUGAUUGGCUGAUUAUUUGAUUGACAGCCCAGUAAGGUGAGGACUGAGUGCAAGGAGCUGAGGAUGCUGUGUGCCGAAGAUGAACAGAGCAGAACCUGCUGGAUGACUGCCUUCAGACUCUUAAAGGUACAGUACACACACACUGUAUCUGCGGCAGGUAGCCUAGCGGUUAAGAGCAUUGGGGCAGUAACUGAAAGGUUGCUGGUUCGAAUCCCCGAGCUGACUAGGGGAAAAAUAUGUCCCCAUGAGCAAGACACUUAACCCUAAUUGCGCCUGUAAGUGGCUCUGGAUAAGCACUUCUGUUAAAUGACUAAAAUGAUAAGCACAUCUGUUAAAUGACUAAAAUGUAACUGAUAUCCUUCAUUAUUUAAAAAGUCAUUUUUAUGCUACAUGAUGUUGUUUUAUGUUGACAGUAUGGAAUAUUACUGGAUCAGAACUACAAGAGCCCUCAGCAGAGCAAGUCUCCUGUUUCACAUUUCUCUACUCCUGUGGUAAGACUCCUAUUCAUACACUGCUCAAAAAAAUUAAGGGAACACUAAAAUAACACAUCCUAGAUCUGAAUGAAUGAAAUAAUCUUAUUAAAUACUUUUUUCUUUACAUAGUUGAAUGUGCUGACAACAAAAUCACACAACAAUUAUCAAUGGAAAUCAAAUGUAUCAACCCAUGGAGGUCUGGAUUUGGAGUCACCCUCAAAAUUAAAGUGGAAAACCACACUACAGGCUGAUCCAACUUUGAUGUAAUGUCCUUAAAACAAGUCAAAAUGAGGCUCAGUAGUGUGUGUGGCCUCCACAUGCAUGUAUGACCUCACUACAACGCCUGGGCAUGCUCCUGAUGAGGUGGCGGAUGGUCUCCUGAGGGAUCUCCUCCCAGACCUGGACUAAAGCAUCCGCCAACUCCUGGACAGUCUGUGGUGCAACGUGACGUUGGUGGAUGGAGCGAGACAUGAUGUCCCAGAUGUGCUCAAUUGGAUUCAGGUCUGGGAAACGGGCGGGCCAGUCCAUAGCAUCAAUGCCUUCCUCUUGCAGGAACUGCUGACACACUCCAGCCACAUGAGGUCUAGCAUUGUCUUGCAUUAGGAGGAACCCAGGGCCAACCGCACCAGCAUAUGGUCUCACAAGGGGUGUGAGGAUCUCAUCUCGGUACCUAAUGGCAGUCAGGCUACCUCUGGUGAGCACAUGGAGGGCUGUGCGGGCCCCCUAAGAAAUGCCACCCCACACCAUGACUGACCCACCGCCAAACCGGUCAUGCUGGAGGAUGUUGCAGGCAGCAGAACGUUCUCCACGGCGUCUCCAGACUCUGUCACGUCUGUCACAUGUGCUCAGUGUGAACCUGCUUUCAUCUGUGAAGAGCACAGGGCGCCAGUGGCGAAUUUGCCAAUCUUGAUGUUCUCUGGCAAAUGCCAAACGUCCUGCACGGUGUUGGGCUGUAAGCACAACCCCCACCUGUGGACGUCGGGCCCUCAUACCACCCUCAUGGAGUCUGUUUCUGACCGUUUGAGCAGACACAUGCACAUUUGUGGCCUGCUGGAGGUCAUUUUGCAGGGCUCUGGCAGUGCUCCUCCUGCUCCUCCUUGCACAAAGGCGGAGGUAGCAGUCCUGCUGCUGGGUUGUUGCUCUCCUACUGCCUCCUCCACGUCUCCUGAUGUACUGGCCUGUCUCCUGGUAGCGCCUCCAUGCUCUGGACACUACGCUGACAGACACAGCAAACCUUCUUGCCACAGCACGCAUUGAUGUGCCAUCCUGGAUGAGCUGCACUACCUGAGCCACUUGUGUGGGUUGUAGACUCCGUUUUAUGCUGCCACUAGAGUGAAAGCACCGCCAGCAUUCAAAAGUGACCAAAACAUCAGCCAGGAAGCAUAGGAACUGAGAAGUGGUCUGUGGUCACCACCUGCAAAACCAGUCCUUUAUUGGGGGUGUCUUGCUAAUUGCCUAUAAUUUCCACCUGUUGUCUAUUCCAUUUGCACAACAGCAUGUGACAUUUAUUGUCAAUCAGUGUUGCUUCCUAAGUGGACAGUUUGAUUUCACAGAAGUGUGAUUGACUUGGAGUUACAUUGUGUUGUUUAAGUGUUCCCUUUAUUUUUUUGAGCAGUGUAUAUUUUUAUUCCCUACUCUAUGACUACUGGUUAGUUAUCCUGAUGUAUCCUGCCUUGUAAAGCAGACUAGGAUCUUUUGGAGAGUGGUAGCGUGGCUCAGACAAGUUCAGACAAGUUCUCUAUCCUUGUCUCUGCAGCGGAGUAUGUCUGAGAACUCUCUGGUGGCCAUGGACUUCUCUGGCAGGACGGGACGCGUCAUAGAGAACCCUCUGGAAGCAGAGAGCGCCGCUGUGGAGGAGGGACAUAAAUGGAGGGUGAGAAGGGGAGUAGAAGGGGGAGGAAGGGGAUGGGAUGGAAGAUUGGGAGACUCAGAGUCUGUGGUAAAAGGUGUACUUCUGUCAUUUUAAAUCUUUGUUUAUCUUCCCUGCCGUCAGAAACGGGGUCAGCGUAUGAAUGCUCUUGGCAGCCCCAGCCCCCUCCAGCCCUCUUCUCUCAGCUCAGGUACCCUAAACUUUACACUACCUGGGUAGUAACACUGUAACAAUUACACUAGUAACAACAGAAUGGCCGGCAGGGAUGUAGCUCAGUUGGUAGAGCAUGGCGUUUGCAACGCCAGGGUUGUGGGUUUGAUUCCCACGGGGGGCCAGUAUUAAAAAAAAUGAUGUAUGCACUCACUAACUGUAAGUCGCUCUGGAUAAGAGCGUCUGCUAAAUGACUAAAAUGUAAAUGUAAAUGUAACUUCGUAAAUGCUUAGUAAUUAAGUUUAUUGUUACACAAUAGCGGAGUUGCAUAAAAAUGGCGGCCCCAAUGCACCACAAAUGCAUUGUUUGCAAAGUUCGCUGUAUAGUACAUUGCUCUCUGUUACUCUUUUUUUGUAUCGUCAUUAGAACAGUGUACAUGAUCCCAAUUUAUGCUCCAAGACGCCGCCAAUGUAUACUCAAAAGUACAUUGUGCUGAUUUAUUGGGGCAUUGAGCCAUGUCGCACAUUGUCAUUAAAAAACUCUGUAGAUAGUGCUAAAUCAUUAUUUUUUAUUUAACUAGGCAAGUCAGUUAAGAACAAAUUCGGCAUACCUCGGCCAAACCCGGACGACGCUGGGCCAAUUGUGCGCCGCCCUAUGGGACUCCCGAUCACGGCCGGUAGUGAUACAGGCUGGGAUCGAACCAGGGUCUGUAGUGAUGCCUCUAGCACUGAGAUACAGUGCCUUAGACCGCUGCGCCACUCGGGAGCCUACAUUGAUGUCAUAUCUGAAUUCCGACAUCUUUAUGAACCUUGCCCAUUGGAAUAAGUGUGUAUCUCUGCCUGUCUAAAGCUGGACAUGAGUUGUGUUUAGACAUUCAUACCUAAAUAAUACCAUCUACUUGACCUUAUACCUGAUGUUGCUGUGUCUUUCAGUGAUCCACAGAACACAGCUAUGGUUCCAUGGUGGCAUCGUGAGAGAAGAGUCCCACAAGAUGAUCAUGCAACAAGGACAAGUAGACGGGUAAGACUUAGAAGCUGUAUUAUCCAUCCAUCCUUCUGUCCGUCGUACAUCCAUCUGUCCGUCCAUCCAUGUAUACAUUCAUCCACCCUAGUACACACAUAAGUGACACUGUUUUGGGUGUGUGUCCGUGUGUGUCCGUGUGUUUCCGUGUGUGUCCGUGUGUGUGUGUAUGCGCGUUUUUCAGGUUGUUCCUGCUGAGAGAUUGUCAGAGUAACCCCAAGGCGUUUGUCCUGACCCUGUGCCACCACCAGAAGAUCAGACACUUUCAGAUCCUACCGGUCAGUUAUUGUUUCUUUCUACUCAUCUACUUUUAUUUCUAAUUUCUACUUCUUUCUUGUUCAUCCAUUUUGGCUCGAUCUCAAGUUGUCCUCACAUCCUAUCUCCUCCCCUCCUUCUCAACCGUAUUGUAUGUGUAUAAUAGCUAACUCCUCUCUCUCACAGUGUGAGGAGGAAGGUCAGAUGUUGUUCAGUCUGGAUGACGGCUCCACCAAGUUCACAGACCUGAUCCACCUGGUGGAGUUCUACCAGCUCAACAGAGGGGUGCUGCCCUGCAAACUCAAACACCCCUGCACUGCUAUGGCCUUGUGA